AUGGACUCGAUCACGCCCGCGCCUGACAAUACUUCUCCUCAGCGUCAUGGCGAAACGUCCCAUGGCCACCAUGGCAGACCUCUAGCAUCCGACCUGCGCGACGAUGCCCCGCCGCCUUCGAAUCGAUUCGCCUUCACGGCGGCCCAGUUGCACACCCUGAUCACCUUCCGGAGCCUGCCAGCUCUUGAGGCGUUUGGUGGCAUACCGGGUCUCGUAGCUGGGUUGCGUACCGACACCGCGGCCGGGCUCAGUGCCGACGAAACGACAUUUGAUGACACCAUCGUCUUUGAAGAAGCCGUCGCUGCUGGCCGCGAGUGUCGGACGCCCCGGUUCUGCACGGCCGAACCUCUGAGUGCGGUGCCUGCUCACCAUGCGCUGCGGUUAGGCGAGGGUCCGGAUCCGCACUUUGCCGACAGGAGGCGCAUCUUUGGGACCAACCAGCUGCCGCGGCGUCGUCAUAAGUCUUUCCUCAAGCUUAUUUGGAUUGCUUUCAAUGAUAAGCUCCUGAUCUUGCUCACCAUAUCCGCCACCAUUUCUCUCGCCAUCGGCAUAUACCAAUCCGUUGGGGAGGCGGGGUCGUCCAAUAUCGAAUGGGUGGAUGGCGUCACCGUCGUCAUUGCCAUUAUUAUCAUCGUUCUGGCUACCGCUGCCAACGACUGGCAGCAGAACCACAAGUUCGAGAAGCUCAACGAACGGAACCAGCAGCGCGAGGUCACCGUGGUUCGCUCUGGCCGCGCUCAGAAGAUAUGGAUACAACAUGUCCUCGUCGGCGACGUCAUGAUUAUUGAGGCUGGCGACAUUGUCGCCGUCGACGGUGUUCUCAUCCAGGCAUCGGGCCUCCAUGUUGACGAGUCGUCGGUGUCUGGAGAAUCUGGCUUGGUCCAGAAGACAGUCCCUGCCGACCACGAUGCCACGCAUGCAUCCAUGGCCGACCCCUUUAUCCUGAGCGGCACCACUGUGAACCGCGGAGUUGGCCGCUACCUUGUCACAUCGAUUGGCGCCAAUUCUACGCACGGCCGCACGCUCAUAUCCCUCAGGGAGGAUGUGCAGGUCACCCCUCUCCAGGAGAAGCUCGGGCGACUCGGGAAGCAGCUCAUCAUCUUCGGCGCUGCUGCCGGUGCCAUUUUUUUCAUCAUCCUCUUCAUCCGCUACCUGACCCGGUUGAAACACAUGUCUAGUAAGGGUCCGUCCAGCAAGGCAGAGACAUUCUUCCACAUCCUCAUCCUCUCAAUCACCGUGGUCGUCAUAACCGUGCCUGAAGGCCUUGCCUUGAACGUCUCCGUCGCUUUGGCCUUCGCGACGAAACGAAUGCUCAGGGACAACAAUCUUGUUCGUCUCGUCCGCUCCGUCGAGAUCAUGGGCAAUGCCACCUGCGUCUGCUCUGACAAGACAGGCACUUUGACGCAGAACAAAAUGACGGUCGUGGCAGGCCGGAUAAGCUCAGACGGCAGCUUCGACGACAUGGAGACAUCAGCCACUGCCGCGGGACAGCCCGUGUCGAGCACGCCCGCCGCCAGGCUCAACAGCUCGGCUCGACUUGCCGCUUCAUUAUCGGACGAGGUCAGAGAAUUGAUCAAGGACAGCAUUGCUCUGAAUUCGACGGCCUUUGAGAGCGUUGAGGCGUCGGACUCUGACUACUUUGGCUCAAGCACGGAGACCGCCCUGCUCAAGUUCAGCCGCGAUCACAUGGGUAUGGGAAUAUUGAGUGUCGAGAGAGCCAACAACCCUAAAGUCGCUUUGCUCCCUUUCGAUUCGUCUCGGAAAUGGAUGGCCACUUUGGUGAAGCUGCCCAACGGCCAAUACCGUCUUCUCGUCAAAGGCGCUGCUGAGGUAGUCUUCGAGUAUUGCGCCUUCUUGAUCGAGGAUCCAACGUACAUCCUCUCCACCGAGCGACUCACCGCGGACCACAGGUCCAGUUUUGACAGAACCAUCACCAACUACGCCACCAAUAUGUUGCGUCCGGUGGCCAUUGCUUACAAGGACUUUGAUGCAUCUGAUAUUUUCGAAAGCCCUGAUGACGACCCUGCGGCCGUAAACCUAGAAUGGCUUGCCUCAGGACUCAGACUGAUUGGCAUUUUCGGCAUCCGAGAUCCCCUUCGCCCGGAGGUUAUUCAGUCAGUUCGCCAAUGUCAGGAUGCCGGUGUGUUUGUUCGCAUGGUUACGGGCGACAACUUUCUUACGGCAAAGGCCAUCGCUGCCGAGUGCGGAAUUUUUACACCCGGCGGUAUCGCCAUGGAUGGUCCCACGUUCCGCAAGCUGUCGCCAUCUCAACUGGACGCGGUGGUCCCGCGGCUUCAAGUACUGGCGAGAUCGAGUCCCGAGGAUAAGCUCUUGCUGGUCACUCACCUGAGUUCCAUGAAAGAGACGGUGGCAGUCACUGGCGACGGAACCAACGACGCGUUGGCGCUCAAGGCCGCUGAUGUUGGCCUAGCAAUGGGAAUACAAGGCACAGAGGUUGCCAAGGAGGCUGCUUCCAUCAUUCUUCUCGACGAUAACUUCGCGUCAAUUGUCAAGGCGUUGAGCUGGGGCCGCACCGUCAACGACGCGGUCAAGAAGUUCUGCCAGUUUCAAUUCACCGUCAACAUCACCGCCGGUACGCUUACGGUAAUUUCGAAGCUCGUCGGCCACUCCAUCUUUCAUGUCGUGCAACUGCUUUGGAUCAACCUCAUCAUGGACAUCUUCGCAUCUCUCGGCCUUGCCACAGACCACCCGUCGCCGGACUUCCUCAAACGCAAGCCUGAACCACGCAACGCAUCAAUCAUCAGCAUCACGAUGUGGAAAAUGAUUCUCGGACAGGCGAUUUACCAACUCGCUGUUGUUUUCACAAUUCACUACGCUGGCUGGGAUCUGUUCGAUGUCGACACCCGAAGCGAAAAGCAGAGGCUCCAGACGCUCGUGUUUAAUAUAUAUGUCUGGAUGCAAUUCUUCAACCAGCACAACUGCCGCCGUGUCGACAAUAAACUCGACAUUUGGUACCAGGGAGUCCUUAAAAACCCGUGGUUCAUCGGCGUGCAAUGUCUCACAGUGGUUGGACAAUUCAUCAUCAUCUUCAAGGGAGGAGAGGCAUUCAACACGGUGCCUCUAACUGGCGCGAAUUGGGGCUGGAGCAUACUUUUUGGCGUCCUCACUAUUCCUCUAGGCGCCUUGAUUCGUCAGAUCCCCGACCGUUAUGUUCUCGCCUUUUUCCAGCUCUGCAAGAAAGUGUUUCUCUUCGUCGCCAAACCGCUGCGACCGUUACUUUCCUGCUGCUCAUCCUUUUCUAGUCUUCGGGCGCGCAAGCGUCAAAAGUUGGACAGCGAACAACAACAGGAGCUGGCGGCUGUACAAAGCAAGCCUCCACAGACGAGAGAAACAAUGCAAUCGCAGGCCUCUCAGGACGGACAGACGACGAUCAGUGACGUGACCGAGAUAACGGAGACGACGCCAAAGGUGGUGGAUUUGCAGGCGAUGAUUGAGGCUGCUAAGCUUCGCAGACCGUGCGGCACGGACAUUCUAGAGCUGCACCCGAAGACGCUCAAGGAUGAUCCGAUCUUGAGGACGAGGAGCGACGUGAGGAUCCCGCCGAGCCAGGAUGUCAUGCUACGAAGGUUGAUGGUGCGUGAUGAAGAGGACGACAACCGUGGCCGGGGCCGACGGCGGCGGACGCCAGCCCGAGCAGUCUGGGUUGAGCCCACACGGCCGUCACAGCCUGUACGAUCCGGGCAAGCACCAACACGAGAGAGCCGUGGUAUCACAUGGGAAUCACUGUUGAGAUCGAAGAGAAGGUAA